AUUCCGGUUGCACGUGUAAACAGCGCAAAAGCUCCAUGAUGAUACGAGACCAGCAUGAAUACCUGUUGUGAAAAACGAAUAACACGAUUGUUUUCGUAUUGAAGAACGUUUAGACUCUAUUUAGUCUGUUUAUUAUCGGUCAGUGAUGGUCACUUUUCUGACCUGGUUUGUCGUAUGACCUAGAUAAUCCUUGACAGAUGUAAAGAAGCGUUCAGUUGCAGUGCUUUGCUAGCAUUAUAUCUGGUUGGCAGUUCGGACAUUAGUAGCUAAGGCUGUUAAUAUAUAGAGUUAAGCCUGACCGAGUUUAACAUAGUUAAAUCGAUUGGAGGAAUAAAUUGCAACACCGAAGGCAUGAGUAACCGCGAAGGUGAAGGGUGUCCAAAGAAAAUCUGUGAUGCAGCACAGGCCAAUCUGUCCUUACCUGUCAUUGCUGCUUUCAAAGUUUUCCAGCAGGAGCUUGACACCAAACAUGACAAAUAUGAGCAUCUUGUUAAGAUCUCCCGAGACAUUACCAUUGAAAGCAAGAGGAGCAUUUUUCUUUUGCAUAGAGUGACCAGUUUGCCAGAUGCAGAGGAUGCUCUGAACGAAGCAGAUGUAAAACUGGAUGGAGUCAGGCAGAAAAUUGGUCAAAUAGCUGAAGAGCUUAGAGGGGAGGACAUCUAUCAGUUUCACAGAGCCUUCACUCCAGGGAUCCAGGAAUAUGUGGAGGCUGUCUCAUUCCUGCACUAUAUCCGUCACCGCAGCCUUAUCAGCCUGGAGGAGAUCAAUGCCAAACUGGUGUUCAUGAGAACAGAGAAGGUAGAUGUUAAGGGCUCAGCUGAAGCCCAGCCGCAUGCAGCUCAGGUCCUGACCUUCCAGGUGAUGCCCUCAGACUACCUGCUCGGGGUGGCCGACCUGACUGGGGAGCUGAUGCGGAUGUGUAUCAGUAGCGUAGGCAAUGGUGACAUCGACACGCCCUUCCAACUGAGCCAAUUCCUUCGGCAAAUCCACGACGGCUUCUCUUAUAUCGGGAACACAGGCCCGUAUGAGGUGUCAAAGAAGCUGUACACGCUGCGACAGAGCCUGGGUAAAGUGGAAGACGCCUGCUACGCCCUGCGUGUCCGCGGCUCCGAGAUCCCCAAACACAUGUUGGCCGAUGUGUUCUCCAGUCGGACCACACUCAUCGACCCUGAUGAGGGACUGGUUUAAUCCUGUACUGCUUAUGUUCUUGAUGGAGUCAUUCUCUCUGUUCAUUACUUGUGCUACCUAUCUUUAAUUGGAUUUGACCGAUGUUUGAUGACAUGCUUGUUAAUUUUAGCUUUUAUUGCAAUAAAACCGGUGUUACAAUGGAUUUUUUCUUUGAUAAAGAUCUGUUGACUUCAGUUGUUUUGCAUGAAUAAAGACUCUCUGCCAAGUA